GAAAAUAGUUUGAUGAGUUUUCUAAAUUAAAAUGGCAUUAAUAUUAAACAUUCAAAUGUAUUUCUGUAUAUUUUUCAUUAUUUUCCAUGCUGAAGGAAAAUAUAAUACAAAAAAAAACGUUAUUAUAAUGAAGUAUUUUCUACGUUAUCCCGGAUGGAAAAAUAUUAAUGAUGUGGAAUAUAUCAAGUACUGGAACCAUGAGUAUAAAUUCGAAGAUGUUUUUGAUAAACCUAUAACAUCAGAUAAUUGCGAUAAUUUCAUACGUUACGCGACGAUAUUCCUUGGAUGUUCUUAUGCUAAUGAUUUAACUAUAAUGUUCUUUUCAUUGAUAAAUUUUCAAAAACAUUGUACUAUGUUAUUAAAUUCGGGUAACUCCCUUGAUAGUGCAUAUAAUUGUACAGUCGAACUUUUAGCAAAAACAAUUGAUAUUGUCCCAUUGGCAAAACUAAUGAAAAGCGCUUUAGAUUCUAUUGAAAAUUAUCAUAAUUUUCCCUGGACCAACCAAAAACAGUUCCGUUAUAUUUUAUGCGAGGUUCUGACAUAUUUGCAAAAAACUGGACCUUUAAUUGAAUUAGUUCCUUUAAUAAUCAAUUCAGAUGCGAUUGAUGCUGCAUUAUUGAUUAUUAAACGAUUUUUGCUCGUGAGACGUGAAGAACUAGAAAGAGAUAAGAUACAUUGUCAACUAAAAUCCACAGAUUUGAUUUCAAUGUGGCAUUUAUGGAAUAAUGAAUUUGACACAUUAAAAACUCAAGGAAAAUAUCAAGAAUUUUUCAUGUUUCUUAAUGAUAAAAUAAGCAGUUUAGUCCAAACGACAUACCAGAAAAAGUAUGUUGACCUUGGAUUUAUAUUUGAUUCGAACACAAAUCGGACAUUUUUACCUAUUCCAACUGUCAAUUUAGCGCAAAAUCACAAAAAUCAAUCAAUAAACUUGGUAAAACAAACCAAUGAUGUAGAUGUAAUGGAAGUGAUUAAACAACAAGAUUUUUCACAAAAUCCAUCUAUAAAUUUGGUAAAACAAAACAAUGAAGUAGAUGUGGUGGAAGAGAUGCUACAAGAAUAUAUGGCCCAAUACUCUUCAAUAGAUUUGAUACAAAACAACAAUGAAGUAAAUUAUCUGGAUGAGAUGCUGCAAGAAUAUAUCGCAAAAUACUCUUCAAUAAAUUCAAAUAGCAUAACAAUGACAUAGAUGUUAUGAAUGGGAUUAAACGAGAAGAUAAUUUUUUACAGCACUCUUCAGUGUUUCAAUUUAUUUAUAAUACAGAAUUACGAAUAAGAAGCGAUAUACUUAAUGAUAUUAUUUUAUUCAUUACUUUUCUGCACUUGAAAAUAUAUUUUUUGGCAAUGAAUAAAAUAAUAUCAACUCUAUUGUACAAAUGUUUGAAAUGUUUACGUCUAAUUUAUUGUCUAUAUAACAUUUACAAAAGUCGAAUUAAUUUUUAAU